AUGCAGUUUUCUUUGGUUUGAACAUAAAAAAUUCAAAAAAAAUUAUGGCUGGAUUAUCUGUUACUUUAUUUGUGGGUUUGCUUUUAAUAGCUGCUUCACGGGCCGACAAUCGCGUUGUAGGCGGUGAAAAUGCUAAAGAAGGACAAUUCCCUUAUCAAAUUUCAUUGAGAUACAAUAACAGACAUAUCUGCGGUGGUUCCAUAAUUACUCCUAAUUAUGUGCUAACCGCUGCUCAUUGUGUGGUUAUGCUUAACGAAGAUGGUACUUAUGAAAUUCCAUCAUCCGAGAGUUUCUCUAUACAAGCUGGCUCCAUUAAUCGUUUAGAAGGCGGUGUUGUGAAGCAAGUCGAAAAACUCAUUGUCCACGAGGAAUACAAGAGUCCCUUCAAUGAUUUAGCUCUAUUGAAAUUGGAAUCGCCUUUGACUUUCACGGAUAAAAUAAAAUCGAUUAGCUUGGCUAAAGCUGAAGUACCUGAAGGCACCAAGGUCAUCAUUUCCGGAUGGGGUCUCUUGAAGACCGAAGAAGACGAAGCACCAAUUACUUUGCAAUGGAAUACAUUGAAAUCUAUAUCUAGAAAACAAUGCUUUGUUUCCAUUUUCAUAUCUUCAGAAUCUUUGAUCUGUUUGGCUCAUAGCGUUGGCCAUGGUGCUUGCAUGGGUGAUUCCGGUGGUCCAGCUGCCUACAAUAACGAAUUGGUGGGUGUUGCCGGUUUCGUUAUUGGCGGCUGUGGCACUUCUAAGCCCGAUGGCUACGCUAAAGUGUCUUACCAUUUGGAUUGGAUUAAGAAUAACUCUGAUUUGUAACAGAAUGAAAAAGUUUUCAAAAGCG